AAAAUAAGACGACAAAGAAAAGUUAAUUAGAAAAGACACAACUUAUAAAGAGAUAAGAAAGAGGAGGAAGAAAUGAACUAGCCUGAAACACAAUGAUGAACCACUUUUAGCAACACAUACAUACAACGACGAAAACAAGAGUAAAAAAUAAAAGAGAAAACGGAGGAGGAACAGUUAGCGCCAUCCAUGGCGGGUCUUCAGAGAUCCACCAUCUCUUUCCGGCGACAGGGCUCUUCGGGUAUAGUCUGGGACGAUCGUCUCAUCGCCGAGCUAAGCCAACAAGCGGCCAACGACCAGAAAGGCGAAACUCUACAACAGGACGAACAGGCCAAGCUGAUUACAUCGGAAGGACAGGAGCAGAUCGCCGGAGACGGACUCAAGCCUAUAAGAACUGACGGAGGCGCCGGUGGUAUGGAGAGGAGUCGAUCCAACGGAGGAGGAGCCAUACGACACCAUCGAAACACAGGGAGAGUGUCUCCGGCGGUGGACCCGCCGUCGCCGAGACUGUCGGCGUUUGGGUGUUGCUCAGCCUUUGGGAAGAAGCAGCCGGGGAAGAAGGUUAAUCAGAGGAAAAGGCCAACGAAGCGUAGAUCCAGAUAGGCAUGAACUAAAGUCUAAAGUAAAGAAGAACACACACAAAUAUGAGAAAACAGAACAAAAAAGAGAGAGUAUAAAAAAGAGAGAGUAUAUAUAUAUAUAUAUAUAUACUUAUACUGCUGCUAAUGAAUCUCUUUAUUUCUGUUUUUGUCUGUGUUUUUUUGUGGUUUAAUUUUAAACUUGUUUGAACUCAGACUAUGUUUAUAUUUGUUUGAUUUUGAUUUUCUUGCCGACUGAUCUUAGACUUCCAUGUAUAUUGAUAUUAAGUGUCUUGUUUUCUUUUUA